AUGUGGUUCAACGCCGGUGGUAGCUGGGGAGCCAGCCUCUCAUCACUCUUUUUGCUCUUCACCCUCAUCCUCAACGUCGCUGCUCAGACGUUUGGAAUCACCCUCGACAAGGCCGCGCGCGACGAUGCACAACGUUUCGUUUACUCCGCCAAGCUCACAUUUGAGCAAGACACCGGAACGCUCUUCAACGACGGUCAGCUCUACGGGCUCGCUCGCGCAGCCUUCAACGAAAUGCAGACAAAGUUCAAUGCGGAUAAAGUCCGCUUCAACAGACAACCCGUCAUGAUGGCCGCCAUGGCCCUCGGCAAGGACGUCUAUCUGUCUUCCAACCUGAAGGGUGGGCCCUUCUUGUAUACCUAUGCGGACUCGCGUCUUAAGCCUCAGGUUGUCGUUGCGCUUGAGCGAUGCCAGACUAGUUUGCAGGACGCGGCAAGGCGUGGCACCACCGUUGACAAGCAGCACCGAACCCAGGCCAGCUGCGCCGAAGUUGCUGCUGUCCAUCAGUACUAUUUGGACGACGCCGUUACUGAAGCUGCUCGCAACGACCCUCCUCCAACACGCAUUGUCGCCUAUGGCAAGGCUGGUCAAGACGGUCCCAUUGGACCUCAAAAUGCAUGCGGUGGUGGCGAUGUUGUGAAGAACGGAGUCCUCACUUGGGGAUGUAAACAGUUCAUGGCCGAUGAGCAGAUUACUGUGCCGCGGAAACCGACCAACAACCUCAACUUGAACCUCCCCAAUCCCUUCCCUAAGUUUACCACGGCUCAAGUCAGCGUCAUGUGCCCUGGGCAUAAGAAGCCUUGA